GUAGCGAUAUUGGCGGCAGGCGGCUUUUUCCUACUAUAUUCGCUGUUUUAUAUGAAAUAUUGAUAAUAUUUUAAUUAUUAAGAGUAUUGUAAAAAGAAAAUUAACAUAAUGGUGGAAAGUGAAAACUCUUGGUCUCCUGAGGACUCGCUUAGAGUUCUAAUAGCAUCAGAUAUACAUUUAGGUUACCUCGAAAAUGACGCUAUUAGAGGCGAAGAUAGUUUCAUUGCUUUUGAAGAGGUUUUAUCCUUAGCAGUACAGUAUGAUGUCGAUUUUAUAUUACUUGGAGGAGAUUUAUUUGAUCAUGCGAAACCAUCACCCAGUUGCAUGUUCAAAUGCACUCAGCUAAUUAGGAAAUACUGUCUCGGUGAUAAGCCAAUAAACAUUGAAGUAUUGUCAGAUCAGUUCGAAAACUUUUCCCGCAGUGUUAACUAUGAAGAUCCAAAUAUGAAUGUGUCAUACCCAAUACUAUCUAUUCAUGGCAAUCAUGACGAUCCUGUGGGACAAGGCAGUGUAAGCUCUCUUGAUAUCCUGUCUAUUACGGGUCUUGUCAAUUACUUCGGAAAAUGGGCAGACUACACACGUGUUAAAAUAUCUCCAGUCCUUAUACAGAAGGGAGAAACCAAGCUGUCAUUGUAUGGUCUGAGUCAUCUUAAAGAUCAACGUCUUGCACGUUUGUUUGCCGAGAAAAAGGUGGAAAUAGAUCUGAUGGAAGAUGGAAUAGAUUGGUUUAAUAUGCUAGUUCUACAUCAGAACAGAGCGGACAGAGGUCCAAAUAACUAUAUUCCUGAAAGUGUACUGCCCAAGUUUAUGGAUCUAGUUGUUUGGGGUCAUGAACAUGAUAGCCAAAUAUUCCCUAUCAAAGAUAUGAAGAGAGAGGACGAAUUUUUUGUGAUUCAACCAGGAAGUACAGUAGCUACUUCAAUGGCUGCAGGUGAAGCAUUACCUAAACAUUGUGCACUCUUACAGCUACAUAAAAAAGAAUACAUUGUCACACCUAUCCCUCUAAAAACAGUUCGACCUUUUAUUUUUAAAACAAUUGUUCUGUCAGAAGAAAAUCUAGGAGAUGGAGAUGUAAAUGAAAAUGAAAAAGUACAAACAUUCUUAAAAGCUAAGGUUAAUGAAGCCAUUGAGGAAGCAGAAAAGAUGAAGAGUGGAGAUCCAAAGCAGCCGUCAUUACCUCUUGUCAGGCUCAGUGUUUUCUAUGAAAGAGAUGGACAGGACUUUAAUAGAGUAAGGUUUGGUCAAAACUUUAAUGGGAUAGUUGCUAACCCUAAUGAUGUCCUUAUUAUGAAAAGAGAAAAGAAAAUAAGAGAAAAGAAGGAGCACCUAGGAAACGGUGAAGAUAAUACGGAUAUGGAGGCAGUGGUGGCAGAGGUAUCAGAUAUUGAGUCUUUGAUUCAUGCUUAUUACGCUGUGCAACCACCAGAGCGUCAGUUAAGUGUGCUUUCCGUCCGGGCUAUUACUGAAGCAGUCAAAGAUUUUACAUUAAAACGUGAUGAUGAUGUUUUUCGACGUGUUCUGGAUGCUCAUCGCCAGCGUUGUGUAGAGUCCUUACUAGAAUCAACAGCCGAGACUGAAGAUGAGAUAUGUGAAAGGAUGCGUUUGUGCAAAGAGACAUUAGAUGCUGCUGACGCUGAUCAGCUCAAAAGUCUUAUAGAUGCUGCCAGUGCAAAGGAAGUAGCAAAACGUAAAUUAGUUGUGCUUUUGAAGAGAGAAUCAAUAAAAGAGACACAAGUGUUGUCAAGUGAGGAUGAGGAUAACACACCAUUAUCCAAGGGGCGUGGAAGAGGAUCUCGGGGUGGCCGGGGAAGCCGUGCUCGAGGCAAGGGACGUGGUCGUGGUUCACCACAGGCUGCACCACCUCCAACACCAGAGCGGCGAACACCAAAAAGGAAUGCUGCACAGAAAACUCCCUCAUGGCUACAGUCCCUCGCUUCUGAUAGAACAUUACGCCGCCGCAAAGAAUCUUCUGAAAUUGAAAUAUCUGAUUAAAUAGUUGUGAUAAGCAUAUCAAUAUACAUUAACGUACUACAAUUUUGAUGAUUAAAAUAUAUGUAGUUACCUAAUUUUUAUUUUUUUGAUUAAAAAGUAUUUUUUAUUGAAUAAAAGAAACUACAAACUUAUAA